AUGUCACUUUCGCGAUACACUGCAGGGGCACUGGAAACCUUGACAGAAUCAGAAGUGCAGUUCCUUCGGGACCUGCCCAAAGCUGAGUUGCAUGCCCACCUCAACGGAUCGAUCCCCCUCGAUGUGCUACAAGAAAUGGCCCGAGAUUAUCUCUCGGCGAAUGGAGCUAGUGGCUCCACCGUGUCAGAAGCGGUCAAAAUGGGAGUCCAAAAUCUGACGCAAGGAGUGCAACUCAACGAAAUACACGAAUUCUUUGGCCUGUUCCCGGCGAUUUAUGCCUUGACAUCUUCUCCCGAACGCGUUGCAAAAGCUGCUCGAGCCGUUCUGCAUUUAUUUCUGGAUGACCCGAACCCUCAAUGUGCAUACCUGGAGAUGAGAACAACCCCCCGUGCUACUGAGUCGAUGGACAGGCGUGGCUAUCUGCUGGCAGUGCUCGAGGAAGUCGAAAAAUAUCCAGCAGACAAGGCUGCUUUGAUAGUUAGCACGGACCGACGCAUGGACGAGACGAUCGUGGAAGAAUGUAUUAACCUGGCCAUCACACUGAAGGAAGAAGGGCGGAGGGUCGUCGGUAUUGACCUCUGUGGUGAUCCGCGGGCCGGGGAACUCCAGCGGUUCGUCAAACACUUCCAAAAUGCCAAGGCGUCGGGACUGGGUGUAACUGUCCAUAUCGCCGAAACAGUUGACAAUCCCACUUCCGAGACCGAUAAUCUGCUUCGCGCGUUUGCACCGUCGAGGCUAGGCCACGCAACGUUUCUCGACGAAGAGGCCAUGAAGAUAGUGUUCGAGAAAGAUAUAGCCGUUGAGCUUUGCCUCACAAGCAACCUUCUAUGCAAAACCGUGAAGAGUCUCGAGGAUCACCACAUUCGCUUUUACCUGAAACAAGAUCAUCCUAUAGCUAUAUGUACCGAUGAUCAGCUUGUGUUCCGCACAAAUCUGUUAGCCGAGUAUGCACUCCUUCUCGCUAAGCCGCCGUACGGCCUCGGAUUAACCAUGGACGAAGUCAGAAAGAUUGCUGAGAUGAGUAUGGCCCGAAGAUUCAGUUAG